CUAUUGGUGCAUGCUCUAUCAUUCAUUCCUCUGCCCCGGAGUUUUGUGAGGUUCCCGGUUGCUUUACCGGAAAAGGCUUCUUUGCUUUAGUCUGAAACGACCUUACUUUAGACUUUUUGAUGGUUAUUCAUCUGCACAAAGAAUCGCCAGGCUGUUAGGACGGGAGCCAGUCUGGCAAAUCAGGCUGUGUAAGUCAUUGGAAAAAGAAAUGGAGAGCCUCUCAAGCAUACAGGGUUAUUGGACAAAGGAUUUCACCACCCGGAGACGUGAGAGUUGAAACUUUUCCGAUUUUUUUUGCUAGUCUUGAAAAAAGGAUAAUGUAUAUAAAAAUAUGCAAGAAUCACAGGAAACCCACAUACCCAACCACUUAGAUGAAAUUGUUGCUGCCGUCAGUUUAACGCCUAGAAAGAUCGGAAACCAGCUGCCUCAGACAGUCCUCUUCCAGCCUCCUCAAGAGAAACUCCAUCGCUGCGAAGAGAAAGCCAAGUCCUAUUCCAGGAGGCAUGAAUAUAAGCAGGCGGUCCAGGAGCUCGUGCGCUGUGUAGCAUUGACAAGGAUUUGCUACGGCAGCUGCCAUUGGAAACUAGCAGAGGCCUAUGUUAAUCUGGCUCAAGGCUACCUCCAGCUGAAAGGACUGUCACUCCAGGCCAAACAACAUGCCGAAAAAGCCAAAGAAAUCCUCACCAACUGCAUUGUGCCUCCCUAUGACGACAACACAGAUGUUUUCAGGUGUUCGGUUGAGCUAUUUCAUACCCUGGGGAGAGCCUUAGUCUCCCUUCACAAAUUUAAGGAAGCUGCAGAGAACUUGACAAAAGCAAGGAGGCUUUUGGAGGAGCUGCUGCAGUGUGGAAGGAUUGUAAAGGAAGAGUGGAUAGAAAUCCAAGCGCAGAUCACACUGUCCUUUGCACAGAUGUAUCAAGGUCAGAAGAAAUCAAAAGAAGCUCUGCCCCACUACCAGGAGGCUUUAGAAUAUACCCAGAUCAGCAAAGGUGAAAAAAGUCUUGAAUGUGUGCCCAUAUUGAGGGAAUUGGCAGGCGCAGAACAAGUCCUGAAACUUCACGAGGAGUCCAUCAACCACUUUUUACAGGCGCAUCUCAUCGUGCUGAGCAGAGAGCCGUCUGGAGAGGAGGCAGCUGUGUCCGCGCACUGUGUCGCCUGCGCUGCCGUUGCUUCUGGGAGGCCCGAGCACCAUGAUGUGGCUGAGCAGUAUUUUCAAGAGAGCCUGGCUAGCCUCAAGGAUGCUGAAGGGACAGGAAAAGCCAAGUUUCUUUCGAUUCAGGAUGAAUAUUGCCAUUUUCUACAAGUCACUGGACAAGAAGAGAGAGCAGCCUCGAUCCUGCGAGAGUCCCUGGAGGCCAAAGUGGAGGUGUUUGGUGACCUCAGUCCCAAGGUGGCAGAGACAUACCGGCUCCUGAGUGGCGCCGACCUCGCGAAGGGGAACCACAGCGGGGCCCACAAGAAACUGAACAAGUUGUCCUGGAGAAAGAUGGUGGUAGCUUGCUCCAUGACAGUGGCCAGGGGAUGGAGCAAGGUCGUGGGGGAGUCAAGGGAUGCCGAUGAGGAUAGAGAACCCACGGCUCUUGGCAUCUCAGAGUGUCUUCAGAUUCAGACCCUCCUAUACGGACCACAGGACAAGAGGACACUGGCCACCCAGCAGGCCCUGGACGUCCUGUCCAAGGCCCCUGAGAUGGCCAUGAAGCUGAGGCCGGCCCCAAAAGCUAGACCGGCCUUCUGCACCGGCGUGGCCCAGCACACCAUGCUGGGGAGGGCCAGGCCCCACGCAGUGGACUGAGACCGUGCCGCACCCCAAAGACAGCUUUGGUUAGACCCAGGUGCUGGGUAAACGUGUCUCCAACUGGAAGGUGGAACUCAGAAGUCACUGUGCAGAUUGUCAAGGCUGGCUCUGUGCCACCACACACCUCCUGGGACACAUGCUGACAGUGGGUGACCACCUCGCUGGGGGAUCCGGUGCUUCCAGAAAGCAUUUUCCUUUUUACCACCUAAGUGGUUCUUCUUGCCAACAAAAACUUUUGCCCAUCUGCACUACUAUGGCUGAAAAGGUUCUCUUGAAAAGUUUAAAACUUCCCGUUCAGGAAAAUAGACUCAACGCCUCACUGUGCAUAUACGGCCCUUUGCACAGGUCUGGAGUCAGACUUGGAGCAAUUCAAUUCUGGAAAAAGCUCUUUCUUAUAGGAAGGUAAUAGAGAUUGCCAAUAAAAUGCUAAUAAAAGGAGACUUGAAGGUGCUAGGG